AUGAAUUGCGAAGUUUGUCAACUGAAGGAACUGGAAGUGGAAUCCUUCGAGAUUCGCGAGGUUCUUCGCUGCAUUCUACAUACGAUCGUCUUUCAUCGAGCACUUGGUCUUAUCCGCCCGAAAGAUAUCGAUUUGGAGCUUUUUGAGAUCACUUACGUACAAUGCGGUGAGAUAGAAGUGGAGAAGAAAAUUGAUGAGAAGAUUGAGCAGUACAUAAGCUGGAUUGAGAAACACCCCAACAAGAAAAAUCAGAUAUGUGUAUCGUUUUAUGAAGUGAAAAGCAAACAGCCGUCUUGGUUCACUAAUAAGAUUGAGCGGUCCUACUGGGAACAAUGGUACAUCAAUCUGAAUGUGCUUCAGCCUAGUAAAUCCCCAAUCGGAAAGUCCCACCAUGCUAAACUAGUCAUGGACCCUGGAGAGGCGUCGGAGGAGAGAAACUCUCGUAGGACACAGCUUGAGCAGUCCCUUCAAGAAGUCUUGUUCCAAAUCAUAAAAUUCGUGAAUGAGAAGAAGGAUCACGUUCCUCCGAUCAACGAUGGAGUCAUCUACUGCCCUUUCGAGAUCACUACCCCAAGCUCAUCGGACUCGACCUUUGGGAUGGACAUGAUUAAGAGGAUGCUCCACAGUGGCCAUCCAUCAAUGCUCGGUUGA